CGGAACAUUAUCUGUAUUUAUAAGGUUUGUUGAUCAUUGCCUUUAGUUUUAUUCCACAAUGAAGAAAAGCGUGGGACAAGUGUACGAGAAGGAAAUCAAAUUGCUGCAGGAGGAAAUUUUAAUGUUACAAAGUCAACAAGAAAACAAUGAACGAGAGAUCACCUUGCACUUCAAACAGGACAUGCAGUUGGCUUUUACAUCCAAGGCCAGCAAAUCAAUAAUCGAUGUCAGAAGUGGAAGCAAAGACACAGUCGCAACCCUAAAGUUAGAACUUGAGAACCUAGAGGAAGAUCUGACCCAGCAAACCAAAAUCAAUGGAAUAGUCCUGACAGACUGUAAAGUGACGACACUGGAAAAAAGUAACACCAAGACUGUACAACAGCACAGGCUUUCUGGUCACUGCUAUUACCUGGCCUUCCAAAUUGAAUUUGAAAUCACAGAAGUGCAGGAGGACACCAGUGUCAUAAGGAGUGUCACUGACCUCAACAUUGUGGUGGAUGGCUGUGAGUUCAGUGAUAUCAGUAUGUUUGUAGCCGGGGUGGAGGAGAAAAAGAGCCUUCUGCUUUUCUUCCGGACCCUCAAGGCUUUUGCUGAGAGGUGUGAACACAGAAACAGAACAUUUCUGCACUUCAAGGAGAAAUACCCAAACAUAGUGAGCCUCCCAGAGGGCUGCAGGUCUGAAGUCAUGGUGAUCCAUAACCCUAAACUACCCGGGUGCACACUGACUAUUGUUUGGAGCAUAAAUGUCACAAAAGAAGGAGUGGUCACUCCCAAGAUAGACCUGCUGACAAAGCUUCCAGAACAAGCAUUACAUUUAGACCAGAGGAAGGUGGCAGAAAGCGCUCCCCAGUCAUUUCAGAGCCUGUUGCGCAUUCUCGGAGUGGAGGCCUCCAUUGAGAACUUAAUAACAGCGGUGUGUAUGGAAUAGCCCCUAAACAGCCACAUGGAUGGGAGUCAAGUAAAGAAGCAAAGACGCCAGCUGACUUUUUUUCCUCCUACAUUAUUUUAUUCAAUAUAAACACCUCUGUACAAUCCCCAUUAAGAAAAAUUUGUUAAUGCCAUUUGUACACA